GAUAGCAGUGACAGCUUCAGGAGCAUCGCAGAAGCGCGUCUCCUUCGCGCCCGAAGCGCGAGGAGCGUCUUCAGGCGAACCGCUUAUCGUGACGUUGGCUUCUUCAGGAUUCACAUCUAUCCAAGAUACCACUGAAGAUGACAGUGAAAAGCAGGAGGGGAUAGAGGCUGCAAAGGGACAUCGGGCGGUGCCUGCACUCCCACCUGCGCGCGGAUGGGUUCGCGUACUCCUUGCAGUGCUUGUGGCGUCAGCAUGGAUGACAGUUUCAUCUGGUCUCAUCAUCUUGAACAAGUACAUCAUGGUGGACCUGAAGUUCGGCUACCCCAUGGCUGUGUCGCUGAUGGGUAUGGCCAUGAGCGGCCUGCUGGGCUUCCUGUGCUGCCGCCUGCUGCGCCUGGUGGAGGUGCACGCGGUGGUGCGCUGGCGGUUCUGGUUCAGCAAGAUCCUGCCCAUCGGGUUCUUCAUGGCCAUCACGUUGUGGACGGGCAAUGAGGUGUACCUCUACCUCACUGUGGCAUUCAUCCAGAUGCUCAAGGCUUUUACGCCGGUGGUGACGAUGGUGUGUCUGUUCAUUGCGGGCCUGGAGGACCCCACCCGCGCCAUGGUGGCCUCCGUGCUGCUGACCGCCACGGGCACGGCGGUGGCGGCGUACGGCGAGGUCCGCAUGAGUGUGGUGGGGCUGGUGCUCAUGUUCUCCAGCGAGACAGCCGAGUCGAUACGGCUUGUGAUGACCCAGUUCCUGCUGGUGGGGCUCAAGUUCCACCCCAUUGAGGGGCUGAUGUACCUGGCGCCCGCAUGCAGUCUGUGGCUGCUGGCGGGUUGUGCGGCCGUGGAGCUGCCCACCAUCAGCGCCAAGGGUGACCUGCGCAUUGUGGUCGCCAACCCGGGGCUGUUCCUGUCCGCCGCCGUCAUGGGCUUUGCGGUCAACACACUCGCCUACACCACCAUCAAGCUGGCCAGCAGCCUGACGCUCAAGGUGCUGGGCACGGUGAAGAACACGCUGCUGGUGGUGUGCGGCGUGUUGUUCCUGGGCGAGCUGGUCACGGGGCUGCAGGGAGUGGGCUACCUCAUCUCGCUCAGCGGCUUCGCCUGGUACAACUACGUCAAGGCGCAGCAGAUCGCGAGCGGGUCCGGGGUAGCGGGGGCCCCCACCGGGCCACCGACGCUGGAUGGGAGAGCGGCUGCCGGCGGCCGGCACUAGCACCCCAGCGGAGGAGCAGCUGGUUGCUUGCUGCAGUGGCAAGGCGCGAGCCUGGGAAUGGGGAUAGGAACGAGAAUGAGCGUAGGUAUGAGUGUGUGUGUGGGGGGGGGGGGUGCGUGGCGGCGUAGCGUGGAUGGGCGUGGGUGAGGUAGUAAGUGGGUCGGAGGUUGGGGUGAUACCAAGCGUUGGGUACGUGUUUGGAUGUGUGUGUGUGUAUGUUUGUGUGUGUCGUUUGGCAGGGUGAAAUGGACGCGACGCAGUGCGGCACCCAGGGUGGUGCGGGCGGUGGGCGCCGAGGUUGGUUAGUCAAGGCUGCAGGGUGCAGAGCGGGAGGCCGGCGCAUGUACGUGCUGUUGGCAGAAACCAGACAGUGGGCAGACCGGAGACGAGCAGUCGAGAGGCUGUGCACUGCGUAGUCCCGAGUAGCGUAGUGGGGCGGUUGGGCCCGAACGAAGCAAAGCCUCUCGCGCGUGACGUGUUCGUGUGAAAUGCUAGUGCGCCCGCCGGGUCUAGUUGAAGACGACAGACAGAUGCGCUGUAGUCUGGUUCAUCAUCGUACAUAGCAUACACAGCAGUGCUUUAAGAGGUUUGCACCUCCAAGCAGUUGGGGUAACAUAGUAUCGCAUAGCUAAGAAUGCAUGGUAGGCCGCCUAGUUAUGUCAUUGGACGUGUGACGGUGUGGUGUGCUUGGCGGCUUGAACGACUGGAGUCCUGGCGGGCGCCGCUUGCAGCAAUGCAUGUUCGAGAGGUGAGACGGCUUCGUCGGAUCUUCAGCCUCAGGUGAUAGAUACGAUGUGGGUCCAGUUCGCUUUUCCCUUGCGUUUAGGGACAGCCACCUGCCCACCUCCCUGUUUCGUUCUACGUGUGCUAGUCCUCGGCUCCGACGGUGUGUUUGGGAAGGUGUGCUAGCGCCUGCAGAUUUCUUGAUAGAGUCAUCACCCCUGGGUCAUCAUUGACUGGCGAAGGGAGGCAUUGCUGCGGGCGGGAUAGACGGGCGUGCCUGGCUACCAGGAAGUGUAGGAAACGCGCGGAUCCUGAUUAUGCAUUUGAGCUCUGUGUUUGAGUACAUCCGGUCUGAAAGGAAGUCGAGGAAUGCUGGUACAGGUGCAGGCUCUCGGCAGUACCGCUGACAGAAGCAGGUGGCGAAGUGGUGAUGCGCUGCGUGUACCGGUAUUCCCAGUGACCGUCAUUUAUGUUGCCGGGUUGUAACAUGGAUGGCUAAAGCCAUCUGU